UUUAACUGUCCGCAACUGACCAACAGGCAGUUUAUGCACCCAACUGACACUUUGUAGAAACCGAGAGGAUGCAUUAGACUGUUAUCUACCUGAUCUUUUCUUUACAUUAUUCCCACUGUUUUAAGUUCAAGAGGAUUGUUCAGUAUUUGGGUUACUGUGGCAUUGCGGUGAUCAAGGUUGUCCUGCACACAAUGGGGGUCAAAGCAGCUCUUCCGAGGUACGAGCUCUACUUUUAUAAUGUAGUGCUGUGUAUGGCAAUGCUCUGGGCUGCCAGAUGGAUAUCUGAUGUAUCCAGCUCCAAUUCCAACAGAAAAACCUUCAAGACCAGUGUUCAGCCAGGAUGGUAUUACUCUGGCAGAAAAAUGGAUACGGCUGAUGUUGAGUGGAUGAUGUGGUUCUCUACGUUUCGAGAGCAUAUCAUCUUUGCACUCUCAGGUCAUGUGAUCUUUGCCAAGAUUUGCUCCUUGCUGGCUCCACAGUACAGAUCUCUGGUGUUCAUGGUGUAUGGUAUGCUGGCGGUUUGCACCAGUAUGGGCUGGGCCUACGUCACGCUCAUCCUCUCUCACUGUGUGCUGCUCUAUAGCAUCUCUCUGGUCAAGCUCAGGUGGCUCUGCUUCGUUGCUGGACUCACGACACUGGCCACUUUUAAAAUGGAGCCCUUCAUUUCCUGGCAGGCAGGGUUUGUGACUGGCAGUUUUGAGCUGCGUCCUCUUCUGUUCUACGGCGGCUGUGGAUUCACCAUCAUGCGCUGUAUGAGUUUCGCUCUGGAGAACUGUGAGAAGAAAGAUGGAAACUACAACAUCCUGGAGCUUCUCAAGUACAACUUCUACCUUCCCUUCUUUUACUUCGGACCCAUCAUGACCUUCGACAAGUAUUACAUUCAGGCCAAUAACCCUAACCUGACAAGGAAGGAUGGAGAGAUGUGGAACAUUUCCCUUCAGGGCCUGCUACACCUGGGGGUUAUUAUGAUAGUGGCAGUCCUUCUACACUUCAUGUACAUUCUGACCAUACCUAGUGACAUGAAGCUUCUUAAAAAUAUCUCAGACUGGGCCCUUGUUGGAUUGGCUUAUUUAAAUCUGGUGUAUGAUUGGGUGAAAGCAGCGGUGAUGUUCGGAGUGAUAAACACAAUAUCGAGACUGGAUCAUCUGGACCCUCCCAAACCACCAAAAUGUAUAACAAUGCUCUAUGUGUUCUCUGAGACACACUUUGAUCGAGGAAUAAAUGAUUUUCUCUGCAAGUAUGUCUAUAAUUAUCUCGGUGGGAAGCAUGACAAUGUUUUGGAUGAGCUGAUAGCCUCUCUGUGCACGUUUGGCAUCGCAGCGCUCUGGCUGGGACCAGGCUGGGUGGUCUUCAUCUGGGCUUUCUUAAACUGCUUUGGCCGUAAUCUAGAAUUUUUGACCGCCAAGUUCUUCACCAUGGAACCUUUUAUUUCUAUUGAGAUGGCGAUAUCAGAAUCUAUGUCACGCAGGAUCAGGGCUGUGUUUAAUACCUUCAACUUCUGGACAAUUGUCCUUUAUAAUGUCCUGGCACUGAACAGUCUUGAAUUUGCCCAACUAGUUGCCAAGAGAAUGUUACUGAAAGGUUUCCCCUUCACCACCAUCACUGUGAUGUUCGUUACCUACUGCUUGAUUCAGCUGAUUAAGGAAAGGGAAAGAAGACAGGCUUUGAUUGAUGAUCCAGACCCAAUCCCCCCUCCAGUGCCCAUUCCCACGGCCCCCAGCCCCACCCCCACCCAGACAGACGGUGCCCCUGCUGCCCAGCCUGUGGACCCAAACAAGCAAAAGGCGGAGUAGAGAUUACACACGAGGCUUACAUUUUGAUGAAACCUUACAGGUUUACUUAAACAUUUCGAGUCUUCUUAUGGAUUCUGCAGACAAUGGUAAUCUAGAAUUCUGGACAAAAACAGUACUCAUUCAACAGUAAUCAUUCAAAACACAUUAUUUCACCAUUACAGACCUUACUUACUCCUAUUGGCCGUUUUUUAAAUUAGUGGCAGUUUUACAUGUGUAAAAGAGUUUCAGUAUGUGAUUUGUUGUUAAAAACCCAGAGGAUGGUUUUUAUCACAAUACAUUUUAUAACAGUUUUAAUAAUGCAAAUACAAAUAUUUAGUGUUCACAUCUAUACAUAAUAAAUAUAACUAAUAUGUACUCAUAU